GGGGGGGGAGCACCUCGAUCAUCUUUGCCAUUCUGCCGAGGGGGGGACUCCCAGGACAGGGGGCGGGGGUCACUUCUCAACCAUUAGCCCCCAGAGGGCAGGGCUCACCUCAUUGGCUGCCCCCUCCCACCACUAGAACUUGGCCCGGAGCUAAUGAAUGUGGGGAAAAGCGUCGGUGGAUGAAGGAACGCUUGGACUUUUUGGGUUGGGUGUGAACCUGGUUGGGGCUGACCCUGAGAGAGCCCGGCUCCUCCCACCCCUGCACGGGCCCUGUGGAGGCCAGGCCUGCUGGGUGCUGGGGGUGCCCUGGCGAAGGGACGGGACGCCUGCCUGGGAACUCACUGCCAGAGGGAGGAGGCAGGAAAAGGCUGGUGUAGGAGCUAGGCAUGCAGUGUCCGUGUUUAUUGAGCGCCUGCUGUAUGCCGGGAUCUAGUGUGCUGAGCGCGGUGAUGGGGACCUGGGAAAGGCCUCUGCCGCAGACAUGGAGAAACUCAGGCUGCGCAGCCCCUGGGUGCCCUCGUGCCUCGGGCAGCCCCGCAUCCUGCAGGGCCGACUGGCCAGGUCCUCGCCCUCGCUCUGGGACAGCGCGCUGCAGGAGCAGAAGGGCGAGCUGCGCAAGCGGCUGUCCUACACCACGCACAAGCUCGAGAAGCUCGAGACCGAGUUCGACUCCACGCGCCACUACCUGGAGAUCGAGCUGCGGCGCGCGCAGGAGGAGCUCGAGAAGGUCACGGAGAAGCUGCGCAGGAUUCAGAGCAAUUACAUGGCGCUGCAGCGGAUCAACCAGGAGCUAGAGGACAAGCUGUACCGCAUGGGCCAGCACUAUGAGGAAGAGAAGCGAGCGCUGAGCCACGAGAUUGUUGCCCUCAACAGCCACCUGCUGGAGGCCAAGGUGACCAUCGACAAGCUGUCGGAGGACAAUGAGCUCUAUAGGAAGGACUGCAAUCUAGCGGCCCAGCUGCUGCAGUGCAGCCAGACGUACGGCAGGGUCCAUAAGGUGUCCGAGCUGCCCUCCGACUUCCAGGAACGUGUGAGCCUGCACCUGGAGAAGCACGGCUGCGGCCUGCCCUCCCCACUCUGCCACCCCGCCUACGCCGACAGCGUCCCCACCUGCGUCAUCGCCAAGGUGCUGGAGAAGCCCGACCCCGCCAGCCUGUCCUCCCGCCUGUCUGACGCCUCGGCCCGUGACCUGGCCUUCCGGGAUGGCGGGGAGAAGCCGGGCCCGCGGCCCCCCUACAAGGGGGACAUCUACUGCAGCGACACGGCCCUCUACUGCCCCGAGGAGCGGCGGCGCACCCGGCGGCCCAGCGUGGACGCGCCCGUGACCGACGUGGGCUUCCUGCGGGCCCAGAACUCCACCGACAGCGCGGCCGAGGAGGAGGAGGAGGCCGAGGCGGCCGCCUUCCCCGCGAGCUUCCGGCACGAGGCCUUCCCGGGCUACGCGGGCUCGCUGCCCACGUCCAGCUCCUACUCCAGCUUCAGCGCCACGUCGGAGGAGAAGGAGCACGCCCAGGCCAGCACGCUCACCGCCUCGCAGCAGGCCAUCUACCUGAACAGCCGCGACGAGCUCUUCGACCGCAAGCCGCCGGCCGCCGCCUACGAGGGCAGCCCGCGCUUCGCCAAGGCCACGGCCAGCGUGGCAGCGCCACUGGAGGCCGAGGUGGCCCCGGGGUUUGCGCGGACCAUGUCGCCAUACCCCGCCGAGUCCUUCCGCUUCCCGGCCUCCCCGGGCCCCCAGCAGGCCCUGAUGCCCCCAAACCUGUGGAGCCUGCGGGCCAAGCCGGGGACGGCCCGGCUCCCCGGGGAGGACACGCGGGGCCAGUGGCGGCCCCUGAGCGUGGAGGACAUCGGUGCCUACUCCUACCCGGCCACCGCCGCCGGCCGCGCCUCGCCCUGCAGCUUCUCUGAACGCUACUACGGCAGUGGGGGCAGCCCGGGCAAGAAGGCCGAGGGCCGCGCCAGCCCCCUCUAUGCCACCUACAAGGCCGACAGCUUCUCGGAGGGUGACGACCUCUCCCAGGGCCACCUGGCAGAGCCCCGCUUCCUCCGGGCCGGCGGCGACCUGAGCCUGAGCCCGGGCCGCGCGGCCGACCCGCUGCCCGGCUAUGCGCCCAGCCAGGGGGAUGCGGAGAGGCUCGGGGUGCAGCUGUGCGGGGCGGGCGGCAGUCCCGAGCCCGAGCACAGCCCCCACAGUUCCAGGGACUCCUUGGAGCCCAGCUCCAUGGAGGCCUCCCCGGAGAUGCACCCCGCCGCCCGCCUCAGCCCCCAGCCGGCCUUCCCGCGGACUGGUGGCUCGGGGCUCAGCCGCAAGGACAGCCUCACGAAAGCCCAGCUCUACGGAACCUUGCUCAACUGAGCGCCUGCCUGCAGGCCGCGGCCAGGGGGCCCCCGCCCGUCCCCGGGCCCCGAGGGCACAGCUCGCCUCCCCCCUAGACACCCGUCCUCCCCAGCCCCUGCCAACCGGGACCCUCUCUUCCACCCGACCCAGUUGAGCCUGAGUGGAGGACCCCUCCCCCACCAUCCUGUCCACCCCAGCCCCACCACGGUGGAACGUUUUUCACACACCAACAUCCUUCCCCACCUGAGAUGAGCAUCCCCCCCUUUUAUAAAGUGAAACUAUUUUUAUAGAGAAAAAGGGUCUUUCUUAACGCACUUGGCCUCCAGCUCCCUGGACGGCAGCCUUGGCGUUUUCAACACAAAGCUCCUUUAUUUUUCGGGGGAGGACAGCGGGGCCUGCCCCUGGGAGGGGAAGGA